UAAUAUGUACGAACACUAAAACAGAUAAGGUCGAUUAGAUAUUUUCUUCAAAAAUAUCUUCGUACUAUGACCAAUUGAAAUCACCCAACAAUACAAAAUAAAUCCUCUAGGGUGAGGCAAAUUUGCAUAUACUUCUCAUACUAAAAAUUAUCAGAAGAAAUAAGCUUUUAGAAACAACACUACUACUCAAUACACUCAUUGGCAAUGGAAAGCUCAACAAGAAGGCCUAAUAGGAGUGACGUUCACCUGUCACUAGAGGAAGAAGGAGAAAUUGAGGCUAAAACCAGAGAUUAUUUUGAUGGAAUUAUUCCAAAACGACACACUAAGCCUCAGAGGAGUGAAUACUCUUCAAAAUACGUGGAUGCUAUUGCUAGUGCUAACACCACCAAUAAUCACUCUAAUAUUCCUGAAUACGUCGAGUUUCAACGUCUCGAGAAUGAUCAACAGGAGAAACUGGUUUAUGAAGGGAAAAAAGUGGAGGAGGAGUUUGUAGAGACGGACUACUACAAGGAUCUCAGCUGUGUUGACAAGCAACAUCACACUACAGGAACGGGGUUCAUCAAGGUAGAGAAUACAAGUGACAGAAGCUACAACCUGGGAGCUGAUGCAGUCACUUGUUGUCAUGCUUCAUCCACGUGUAACCCAGCAACUAACGAUUGGACUCCAGUUCCAAAUGCUGAAGAUACAAUGCCGAUUGAUUCAGGCAAGCCCAAUAGGAGUGACAGUUAAAAAGAUCAUGGAUUUUAGUAUUUGAUUACUGUGUACUAGUAAUAAUAUUUGAUUUUAGUAUUA